AAACUAAAUUAAAAUAAAUACAAAAUAAUUAUAAUACACUUUAUAGCAUGUCGUUGAGAAAAAACACGUUUUUUGGAAAGUCGCACCUGUCGUUGUUGGACAUUUGUGGUUUCGUAAAUUUAUGGGUGAUGAAUUGUUCAUUCCCAGUACUCCAACUACAAUUGAGGCUGGCGAAUCAAACAAUCGUGGACUGGGCAUCCUUUUGUCGCGAAGUCGUUUACGAUUAUAUGAUUGUUAGGAAGGUAAUGAUUGGUGGUCAUGGACAUACCGUUGAAAUUGACGAGUCCAAAUUUGGUAGACGUAAACACCAUCGAGGCCACCGUGUCGAGGGACAGUGGAUGUUUGGAGGCUAUGAAAGGGAAACAGGAAACUGUUUUAUGAUUCCUGUUGAAAAUCGUACCGCCGACACAUUAUUAAAAAUAAUUAAAGAUUGGGUAAAGCCUGGAACUACAAUUAUAUCGGACUGUUGGAAGGUAUUUCUAUCAUAGUGAACUUGUAAAUACAGAUGAAUUUCUAAUCUCCUAAUUUUAGGCUUACAACACUUUAAACAACCAAGGCUAUGUUCAUCUGAAGGAGAAUCACAGCCUGCAUUUCAAGGAUCCCGAUACAGGAGUUCAUUACAAUGCUAUAGAAAGCUCAUGGAGACACGCUAAAGCUUCUAUUUCUCAAUAUUGUAGAAAGAAAGAGUUUUACGCAGGUUACCUAGCCAAACACAUGUUUCAAAAAAAAUGUCGGGCCUUUAAAUUAGAUCCCACAGCUGAAUUUUUUAAACAAGCAGGGAUUUUAUACAGCGGCACAAGCAACAUCAAUGAAUAUGACGACAGCG